GCUGCAUUGAUUAAUAGGAUUGCCGUGCAACAAACAUAAGAAAUAGGUACAGAAUUGAUUUCUCCAACACCGCCCAAAUGAAAAUUCAGAAGUGAAAACAGUUUUUUGGCACCGAAAAACGCCAGCGGAAGCUCGUACUUCUUCAAUGGCGUCAGUCCCUCUCGCUUUGCUCGUACACAGUCCAAAUGUUGCUCUCCAGCUUGGUCGGAGAAGGACAGUUGGCGUUGGAGGCUCACCAGCAACUCCCGUCGCUGCUCAUAAGUCGCGUGGUACUUCGUUGAAGGUUUCCAGCUUCAAUGAAUUGUUUGAGUGUGGGUCUCUGCAGAGGCGGUGUUGUGGAAUUAGUGUUCCACGUGCUGCCGCGGAUGUUGUGCGUGAUCGAGCUGUGAAUGGAGAGGGGGCAAGUAAGGGAAAGGUUCUGAGAGUUGGUCUCAUUUGUGGAGGUCCGUCUGCGGAACGGGGGAUUUCGUUGAACUCUGCGAGAUCAGUCCUUGAUCAUAUACAGGGAGAUGAUUUGCAUGUGAGCUGUUACUACAUUGAUCGCAACCUGAAUGCAUUUGCUAUAUCUUCUGCUCAGGUAUACUCGAACACUCCUGCAGAUUUUGAUUUCAAACUAGAAAGCCUUGCCCAAAGUUUUCAGUCGUUGUAUGACUUUGCCAAACACCUUGCUGCCUCAGUGGACAUAGUUUUCCCUGUUAUACAUGGUCGUUUUGGUGAAGAUGGCAGUAUUCAGGAGCUAUUGGAAAGAUCAAAUAUUCCAUUUGUUGGUACACAAUCAAAUGAAUGUUGUCAAGCAUUUGACAAGUAUGAUGCCUCCCUGGUGCUCAGCAGGAAAGGAUUUGUAACAGUGCCUAGUUUCCUUGUUCAGGGAUGUCAUUUGGAUGAAUCUGAACUGUUAAACUGGUUUGCAAGAAAUCAGUUGGACGUUAACUCAGGAAAAGUUGUGGUAAAACCCACAAGAGCUGGAUCAAGCAUUGGUGUUACGGUUGCUUAUGGUGUUGCUGAUUCACUCAAAAAAGCCAGUGAAAUUAUUCUAGAGGGAAUUGAUGAUAGAGUGCUUGUCGAAAUUUUUCUUGAAGGUGGGAGAGAAUUUACUGCCAUUGUCCUUGAUGUGGGGUCUGGUUUUGAUUGUCAACCUGUUGUAUUACUGCCGACUGAGGUUGAGCUUCAAUCCCAUGGUAAUGCCAAUGUGAGGGAGAAGGAUGCAAUAUUUAAUUACCGAAGGAAGUAUCUUCCAACCCAACAGGUUGCAUAUCACACACUACCUCGUUUUCCUGUGGAUGUAAUUAAAAGAAUUCGAAGAGGAGCAUCAUUGUUAUUCGAACGACUUGGCCUACGUGAUUUUGCUCGAAUUGAUGGUUGGUUUUUGCCUUCUUCAGUUACUACAUUAUCUUCAGAUAAUAAAUUUGGAAGCACUGAAUCUGGUACCGUAAUAUUUACUGACAUCAACCUGAUUAGCGGGAUGGAACAGACCAGUUUUUUAUUUCAGCAAGCUUCAAAGGUUGGAUUUUCUCAUUCAAAAAUCCUUCGAAGCAUUAUACAACGUGCUUGCUCGCGGUUUAGUAGUCUUGCAUCAUACAGUAAUGCAUCAAGUCUCCUGCUUAGAAGCUCAAAAUUCUCGAAGCAUACAAAAGCAGUUCCCAAUUGCACAGAAAUUCGCAAAAUUUUUGUCAUUUUUGGAGGUGAUACUUCAGAACGACAAGUAUCUUUGAUGAGUGGAACAAAUGUUUGGCUCAAUUUGCUAGGAUUUGGUGAUCUGGAAGUAACUCCUUGCUUGCUUGCCCCCACAAAUGGCAAUGCAUCUAAUACAGACCUGGAAAAGAAGGAAUCUGAUUUCAGCUCCCGAACAGUCUGGUCAUUACCUUACUCCGUUGUGCUAAGGCAUACCACAGAGGAAGUUUUCGCUGCAUGCAUCGAGACAACUCAACCAGAUCGGGCUGUAUUGACAUCUCAGUUAAGGAACCAAGUGAUGAAUGAUCUUAUGGAAGGUUUGAAUAGGCACAGUUGGUUUACUGGUUUCGAUGUAUCUGAUGAACCACCUGUCAAAUAUUCUAUGGAGGAGUGGAUCAAGCUAGCUAAGGAACAUCACGCAACAGUUUUCAUUGCAGGUUCUGUUUCCGGUCACAAUUUUGCUAGUGUGCAUGGAGGCUUUGGUGAAGAUGGUACUCUUCAAUCUUUGCUAGAGGCUGAAGGAGUUUCUUACACAGGUCCUGGUGUGGCGGCUUCAAAGACUUGUAUGGACAAAGUUGCAACAUCUCUUGCUCUUGAACAUCUUGCGAACUUGGGAGUUCUUACCAUAAACAAGGAUGUUCGGAGAAAAGAGGAUCUACUAAACAUCCCACUGCUGGAUAUUUGGCAUGAUUUGACCUCAAAUCUUCAUUGUAAAACAUUGUGUGUUAAACCAGCAAGAGAUGGGUGCUCAACUGGGGUUGCAAGGUUAUGCUGUGCAGAGGACCUUUCAGUGUAUGCAAAAGCAUUGGAGGAGUGCGUUUUACAAAUUCCUUCUAAUAGUUUUUCAAAGGCACAUGGAGCUAUUGAGAUGCCGAACCCUCCUCCAGAUCUUCUAAUAUUUGAACCUUUUAUUGAGACUGAUGAAAUAGUUGUCUCAGCCAAAUCUACAAAUGAAAAUGCAUGUCACCUUAUGUGGGAAGGGCAUAGUAGAUGGGUAGAAGUAACUGUUGGUGUCGUGGGAAAGCGUGGAUCAAUGCACUCCUUGAGCCCUAGUGUUACUGUAAAAGAAAAUGGUGAUAUUUUAUCCCUUGAGGAGAAAUUCCAAGGUGGGACUGGCAUCAAUCUGACCCCACCCCCGUCAUCAAUAAUUAGCAAUGAGACCUUGGAGAUCUGUAAACAGCGUAUAGAACUAAUAGCAAACACUCUGCAAUUAGAAGGAUUGUCACGUAUUGAUGCGUUUGUUAACGUCGACAGUGGAGAGGUGCUGGUUAUAGAGGUUAACACUGUGCCUGGAUUGACACCUUCUACAGUCUUGAUUCAUCAGGCACUAGGAGAGCAGCCUCCAUUGUAUCCACACCAAUUCUUUCGGAUGCUGCUUGAUUUGGCAAGAGAAAGAUGUAUCUGAUAGUCGUAAAAAAUAUAUGUUUGUUGUAUUCUUAAAAGAACUGUGGCUUGUACAUUGUUCUCAAAUGUGUGUAUGAGAGAGGGAGAGAGACUAAAGUUUUGUAUAAAUAAUGUUUGGAAAGUUGGCUCUUGCAUUGUACAAAGGGUUAACACAUGCAAAUCAUGUUGUCAAUAGAAUGAAAAUGUAUGUUUUAUGACCCA